AUGUCUUCAAGAGACUACCCUUCCUGGUUCUGGCGCCUGCGAGAUCUAUACGAAGAUCGAAAGGCACGCGGUCAGACAAACAGAUACUAUGAUUCCGACUUGGCUGUCGAACCCAAAGACUUCGACGAGGAUCUCUCUGACUGCUCAAAUGACAGUGAAGAAUCAUGCUCCUCCGAGAAAGGCUGCAAGUACGACGAAGACGACAUGUGCCUUGAACAUGACAUCGACGAGCUAAGCGAGGAAUCGUCCGUACUGAGCGAUGUCUCUGGAGAGACGUCACCCACCAAGGCUGCGUAUUAUGCGCUAAAGGAACAGCGAGAGGAGCGCAAGACCCAAUUAAAAGUCUGGAAGAGACAAGGGAUGGGUGAACGCCAGAACGAAAGUAUGGUAGAGGAAGCUUUCCAGGACGAUAUCAAGAAUGAGGAACGUGAGAUACAGAAGGUUAAAGACGCCCUCGGCAAAACAGAGAAGUCGUCCAAAAAGAAAUCCGGUCCCCUCAAAAGUCUGGAAGAUAGGCUCUUUAGACUUUUCUCCACGGACCAUGUGCAGUACUGCUGUUAUGCAACCUGUCCAACAACCUAUGUCGAGUUCUACGCUCCUGAAGAUUCAUCCCUAUCGCCAGAUGAUUCAGGCCGAAGAGAUCCGAUGGAAGGCCAUGUUUACCUGAUAUUCGGAGACGCUUGCAACAUUGACCCAUUCGUCCGCCCAAAGUACCCCAGCACAAAAUUUCAUCAGCUCAAAGUCAAUCGCGGACGCCGAACGGUGGAAGUUCAGUUCUUGCAUGAACAUUUCUUGGUCCUUAGGAUGCCUCGCGAUAUCGUUUUCUCACACCAGGGCAUACAGCCACCAAUGGAUGCGCCGCAAUUCUUCACCUAUUAUGGCAUUGAUGAAGACUACAAGUCUCCGGAUGAUCGGAGGAAGGAGAAGGCUAAGCGACGUCGCUCGGCAUCUCCUCAGUGA